CAUCUUUCUCGCUCUUUCUGUCCAUCACUGCUCGCUCUUACAUACAUACCUACAUCCCUCCGCUCAAAUCACCGUCCUGGCGUAUGCUGAAAUCUUCCUAUUCUCAUAUCAUUGGUCAUCAGAAUUUGAAAUCGUCACUCGCCUCCGAGCCGUGACGACACGCCGCUCCUUUACUUCCCUCACCCUCCCAGAGCGAAGCUUCUGCCGUCUUCUCUUCACCACUCCUGUCUUUCAUUUCCCUUGAUCUCAUUACCUCAGCACCAUGGUUAUCUCAAGAUCAGCCAGAAUCAUCACUCUCCUCGUCAUCGAUACUGUUUUUUUCUUUGUUGAGCUGAUAAGUGGUUAUGCAGUCGGUUCCCUCGCCUUGGUGGCCGAUUCGUUUCAUAUGCUCAAUGACGUCCUUUCAUUGGUCGUAGCGUUAUAUACGAUAAAACUCGCCACUUCACCUUCUUCAGCCAAAAAUUCAUACGGAUGGCAAAGAGCUGAAAUCCUCGGAGCUCUCAUCAACGGAGUUUUUCUGGUGGCGCUUUGCAUGUCCAUCUUCCUCGAAGCCAUCGGCAGAAUCGUAUCACCUCCACAUAUAUCUAACCCAAAGCUCAUCGUCAUCGUCGGUACGCUGGGUUUAUUAAGUAAUAUCGUCGGACUUUUCCUCUUCCACGAACACGGUCAUUCCCAUGGUCAUUCUCAUGGAGGCGAUGUUCAACUUCCAGAGGACAACACGAAUACCGAGAGACGCUCAGACAGUGCUCGUCCUCGUGCCGAUUCAAUGUCUUCUCUGUACGCUCAUCCAGCUCAAACUCGCGCUUCAGUCAUCGAAACGGCUCAUGAGUUUGGAUAUGGUAGACAUACAGACGAGACUGCUGAAAUCUCGGAUAAGUUCGCCGGUGCCAUGUCCCCCCCAUCCUUACAUUCACGCUCUCUGUCUAUCAAUAGGCGAUCCUCCUCUAGAGCCCAAAUCCGCCGUGAGUCGAGUGCGACACGAAUCCCUCCUGUACCAGGAAGCAACAGUACCAAAGCUCCUAGUAGAAUCCCAUUAAUUGACGGGGUUUCCAGCAGCGCAAGUACGACAAACACGAGUACAACCAUCGUACCCCCUCCACCGGGGCAACCGCCCAAGCAGCUUGACGACCAUGUCGGGCAUGAUCACGUUCAUGAUCACUCGGAACAUGCUGCCGAUCUGGGACAAGCGGAACAAGGAGGGCAGAAUGGAAAUGGUCAAUCCCAUAAUCAUUCUCAUGGCGACCACGGCCAUUCCCAUGGUUCAAUGAAUAUGCGAGGUGUCUUUUUGCAUGUCAUGGGUGAUGCACUGGGCAACGUCGGAGUCAUCGCCGCUGGUCUUGUCAUAUGGUUUUGCCAUGGCAAAUGGACUCUGUACUUCGACCCUGGUGUCUCCCUUUUGAUCACCAUCAUCAUCUUCCAUUCGGCUGUACCUCUUGUCAAAUCCGCGUCAUACAUUCUCAUGCAGGGCGUUCCCUCGCACGUUUCCUUGGAUGCUGUCCGCGAGUCAAUAUACGGUGUCUCCGGUGUCGUAUCAGUUCACGAGCUUCACGUAUGGCAAUUAUCCGAAUCUACAGUCGUCGCUUCUGUCCACGUUUUAAUCGGUACCGAUGAGAGCUAUAUGGACGUGGCCAAUGAUAUCAGACAGGCUUUACAUAGUCAUGGUAUACACAGUGUGACGAUUCAACCCGAAUUCUACAACGAUGGUGAUGAUCAAACAUCUGAAAGAGCCUGUUUAAUCCGUUGCCCACCAGAGCAAUGUGGGACAGAUACAUGUUGCCCCCCUACGGCGAAGUUGAUAGAUGUGGAAGAGCACCAGGAUGAGCAGGGCCGCUAGUCUUGUGAUGAUUUUGAUUCAUGGUGAUAUGACUGAGAUGAAUCAUACUGUGUCGUUGUCAUUUUUGGAUAAAGUAGUCGGAUAAAGCGUUUUCUGGGGAUCACGUACAUGCAUUUCUAGGCUGUUUUC